AUGACAGCAACAUCGUCCUACAUUCCUCCGUCCUUCGGUCAUCCAGGUGUGAGUAUCUCGUAUCGACCCAAGCAUCUGCUCGGCUCUUGUUCCACCGCGCCUGCCACUGUUCCCAUCAUUACCGUCGCCGUGCCUCCGGCCUCGAUCCAUCACAUCUUUGCACAUCGACAAUGGCGAGCUGGUAUGCUCAUGAGCGACGCUCUGCUCUCCUCUGCCUUCUCCACCUCUGACCGAUGCAUCCUCGAACUCGGCGCAGGUACCGGUCUACCGUCUAUCACCGCCGCUCUUCUCGCUACGCCUACCAUUGUUGUCGCCAGCGACUACGACGAGCCCUUGCUCGUAAAAGAGCUUCGUGAUAACGUAAAACGAAACGUGUCUACAGGGUGCAAAGUGGUCGGUCACAUCUGGGGCAAAGACACGGAAGAAUUGUUGGACUGUCUACCAGCACAUGUCAAGGCGUUUGAUUCGAUCCUGCUCGCCGACUGCAUGUGGGAUCCACUGAGCCAUGCGGAUCUGCUCAAGACUCUGCUCAACGUGCUAGCGAGGCACCAGGAUGCGAGGGUGAAUGUGGUUGCAGGCUUGCAUACCGGCAGGGACAAGGUGACCUCUUUUAUCAGAAGAGCGUACAGAGCAGGAUUGAGACUAGCUCGCGUGGAGAAUGCUCGUGUAUGGCCACAACUAUCGCCAGAACUGCACCGAAACGAUCCAGAUGUGGCGAGAGCGGGUAACGAGGCUUUCGAGCAUGCGCAAGAUCGUAUCCUUGAACUCGAGGUUGGUGGCAACACGCCGUUGCAGCUACAGCAUGUCGACGCAGCGACCCAAGCGCACGCGCACAACGACGACGAACCCAGGCUUACCGGCAACCGACGCAGCUUCCUCAUCGAAGGGUAUGGAGACGACGCCGAGGGAGAUGUCAAGCUCCGAAACCGCUGGUUGACCGUCUGGAGUCUCGAAUGGGCUUCUUGA